GGCGGGGGAUGGCCGGACAUGGAGCUGGGAGCUCCGGCGCUCCGGCGGUAUUUGCUGCUGCUGGCGCAGGAGCACCUCGAGUUCCGCCUGCCGGAAAUAACAUCAUUGCUCUCCCUUUGUGGUGGAAAAUUCAGUGGUGAGCAAGAAAUUCGUGUAAAUUCUCCAUUUUGGAUUCUCAAUAUUCCUUCAGAAGAAAUGGCAAGGGGACUAAUGAAACGGACAGUAUGUGCAAAGUCUAUAUUUGAACUGUGGGGUCAUGGAAGAUCUGAGGGGGAGCUCUAUGCCUCUCUGAAGAACUAUCCAGUGGACAAGAUGCUUCCAUAUCUACAGUCAGACUCUACUUACAAAGUACAUAUUCAUACAUUUAAUAAAACACUGACUCAAGCACAGAAAAUAAAAAAGAUUGAUGCCCUUGAAUUUCUGCCAUUCAAAGGAAAAGUAAAUUUAAAGAAUCCAGAACACAUCUUCUGGAUUUUGGAAGAUUAUGGAAUGAACCCAAAUAAUGUUCCAGAAGAGCCCUUUCAUCUGUAUUUUGGUAGAUGGAUUGCAGAUGGCCAAAGAGAACUCAUUGAAUCCUACAGUGUAAAGAAGAGACACUUCAUUGGAAAUACAAGCAUGGAUGCCUGCCUGUCUUUUAUUAUGGCCAACCAUGGGAGAGUAAAACCCAAUGAUGUUGUAUAUGAUCCAUUUGUUGGAACAGGUGGCCUUCUAAUCUCCUCAGCACACUUUGGAGCAUAUGUGUGUGGUACUGAUAUAGAUUACAACACAAUCCAUGGAUUAGGCAAGGCAAGCAGAAAGAACCAGAAAUGGAGAGGGCCAGAUGAAAAUAUCAGAGCUAAUCUCCGACAGUAUGGUUUAGAGAAAUACUACCUCGAUGCACUGGUUGCUGAUUCUUCAAGGCCAAUAUGGCGAAAAGGGAUGCUGUUCGAUGCAAUCAUUACAGACCCACCAUAUGGUAUCAGAGAAGCUACUCGCAGAACAGGUUCACAAAAGGAAGCAGUUAAGUCAGUUGAAAGAAGAUAUACAGAAGAAAUCAUUCCCCGCCACCCGUGCCUGAAACUUAUUAGCAACUGUGAGCAGAUGCUUUCCAGCCACACAUCAAGGCGCCUGAUUACCAUGGAAAAGGUGAAAGAAUUCAAGUCUGGAAGCAAACCAGUGGCAAUACCUGCUGAACAUACUAUCCUGAAGUCUAAUGAUUGCAUUUUGAUACUAUACAGGAUCAAGAUGAGAAUUCUUACUUGUUGGAUGGCCAGUAUAUGCCAUACAGGGGACACAAUUCUUUCCGUGAGAAGUAUUUCAGUGGUGUGACAAAGAGGAUUGCCAAGGAAGAAAAAGACAAUCAGAAGUAAAAUAUAAUAUAAACAGAUUAAAAAAUGAGAAAAGAACGGAGAUCGUGUUUCUUUGUAAGGACAUCUGGAUAUGAACAUUCAUUUGGAUGUUUCAGAAAAACAAAUACUGCUUUUAAUUUUAAAACAAGAUGAAACCCACAACACAGGUUGAGAGCCAUUCUUUUUAAUUAGCUUUGUUUACAGCAGAUUUUAUUGUACAAGUUUUUUGAGUCUUAUUUAAUUUAUAUUUGUACUUUCAAGUACUAAUGAUGAUUGACUAAAACCAUUAUUAUUGUUCUUUCACCAUUAACAUUUACAAAAAAGUAGCAGUAUUAUUUGGCUUCUUAAACUGUGAACAUCUGGCUGUUUGAGAAACACGUGGUGGUGAUCAAGAAUUGCUUAUUAAGAAGAUCAUUUUCAUUUGUUUUGUUUCUUUGUAAAUUGUACACAAUAAAACAAGAUUGUCGUGAGUUUUUUUUAAUUAUUGCAUGCAGUAAUUGCUUGAAUGAAUUCCACUUGCUCUGGCUGAGGUCAGAAGUAUUUAAAACAAAUAAAAAAUGCAAAGAAACAACUGGGCACGUGCACACCCCACAAAAAAAAAAGAAAGUCUCUGUGACCUGACAAACUCUGGAGAGCCUAUUAAACCCUGUGAAGCCUGUCCACGUCUGAAGCUCAUCUGUACCUUGGAUUUGCUUUUGCAUUCCUAAACCUUGACUCUUGGUCAAGCCAACUGUCUGCAAUUUUUGGUUCAGAAAUUGAUAGUUAAACCAGUAACAACAACAGCAUAAAAUCAGUAAUGGUUCCCUAAUGGUAUUAAGCCUAAUCAAAUCAUUGAAACUGAAGUUGCAUUUGUUAAAGGGCAGACUUUGCUGAAUCCACACCGUGUCCAUCAUGAAAAUACCUCAUUUGAAAACCACUAAGCCCAUUAAUUCAGGAUGUUAAUGGUCCUUCUCAUUUUGGUGGUCGAAUAUGGUCACAUAUUCUUCAGCAGGGCAUUUACUUGCUCUAGCCAGAGGAACCCUGCUUCUCAACUUACCACAGGUCACUGACUAUGGUCAUGUUAGAAUCUUUGUAGAUCAUAGUUUUUAAGUGCCUCUCCAAGGAAGGCACGAGUCAUUGUGUGUAUCCGAUCAAGUUCAUUAACUGAAUUUGCUCUUCUGUGUUUUGUGGUCCUUAGCUGCAGCAGGAAGGCUUACAAACUCAAUGACAGCUUUGUCUGACCUUCUGGAUCUAAUCUGUUGUGUGUUAAAAAGUUCUCAAAUUGUGAUUUAUUUUCUCUGUUUCCAUUAUAAAUCACUUUUUUUUGAGACAUCUUAUGUCAGCCUUAUAAUAGUUGUUCUGGGCUAAACUUGGAGCAAGAUCAAAAGCUCAGAAAAUUUUUUGAAAGUAGAAUUUGAAUUGAUUGCUUUCAAAUAUUACCUCAAAAAUUACUACUUCUGAAAACCUGUCUUCAUUUUAACAUUACAAUUUGGCAUUCAGCUUUUAUUACUUUACAAAUUAAAAUUACUUUCAGUUCUUCAUAGGCAAGAAAUUUUUCUAAAUGGAUUUAUUAUGCCUUUAUAACUUCAUUUUCCUAAAAGUUACCUUACACAGACAUGAUCUACAUAGUUAUACAAGAGGGAAGGUAGUGGCAAAUCUGGCUCUGUCUUUUCAAUGAAAAUGAUUGAGUUUAUUUCUCCUCUACCUGGUCCAACUUUUAGUCCCUUCAUCAGUGGUGCUGUAGCCUCUGUUUAGCAGUUCAUACAUAACAGCUCUAUCAUUACUCAAGAAUACCAUUUUGAACAGAAACUGCAAGUGUAUUUGGGGUACUGCAUCAACACCCACUAAUCAAAAAUCAUUUAGAAUUGAAAUCAGAUGUUCAAACUCUGCUGAUCCGCAACUUUAAAGCUAUGAUUUGGAAAUAUUCCUCAUGUUUAAAUUUCUCCUUGUUUAAUGUGCACGCUCCAGCCUGUUGUACGUGCAGCCUUGCAAAGCACAGGCAUGUAUAGCUGUAAAGCCGUGACGCAGUCCUUGCUCUUGCUCUGUCGAAGGACUGACAGGCGGGUGAGUUAUCGUUUCGGCAGGACUUGGCCAUCCAUGGCCGCGGUUUCUGGCACUUUCGUUCAAUCUGGUUCCAUUCAGUCUCUUUCUGAGUAGUUCCAGUUUCCUGUCCCUGGCGGGGAGCAUCAGUUCACAAUCCCGCGCUGAACUCGUGCCAUUGUCAUUCUCUUUUUUGGGGUGGUUUGUGCCAUUUUCCAGUUUUUAAAGAUAAAUGUUAUUUUUG